UUUUCCCAAUCCAGGGUGCCUCCACAUUGGACCACUAUAGUGUUGCUAAUAAUCGUAAAAUUAAAAGGACAGGACUUGUGUGGACCUAAAGGCUAGCCCUGGACACUAAGGCCUCAAAGAAAAGGUGGAGUUCUGGAUUCUGAGUUGUCCUAGAGCUUAAGGGCCUUGAUCUUCAUUGGACGCAGAGCAUGUCAAUCUGAAGUUUUCAGCAAAUGAGUUUAGAGCUCACUGAGAACCCCGGGUUGACCCUCCCGGUCCCGCCCCCUGUCACUUGCCAACCAGAAUCUUUCCCGCCUUGUCUAAGUCCUCUCAGGCCAGCCUUGGCAGGAGGCUCCUGGGAUUGGCUCACUGUCCUUCCCACCUUAGGUUGUCCUCAGAGACAGACUCUUAUUCCCUCAGUAAGGAGACAGACUCUUAUUCUCUCAGCAGCCAGACCCUCACCUCCCCUCAGCCACAACCACCUCAGAGGCCACGGACUUCACCAUCGUGGCCUCAGCCUAGUCACCAUUCCAGUUGAGGCACUGACUGGCGUCAUGUCUGCCACAGGGGAUCAAGACCCGAUCCAAAAGGACCAGGAGGCCCCAGUGAGCCAGGAGAGAGCACAGGCCGAGGUGGGAGGUGACCGGGAGGCUGGUGACUCUGGCCCUGACAGUGGCGACAUGGUGCCCGUGGCCGAGGUGGCCGGAGUCACGGGGCCCACGAGAGGCCUCGGGGAGGAGGAGGGUGAGCAGGCGGCAAGCUUGGCCGCAGCCCCUGGGGUCAGGAACCCCGAGGAAGACUCGGAGAUCAGGAUAGUAGUGGAGAUGGUGGAGGAGGAGGAGGAGGAGGAAGAG